CAGUCCAUCCUGCAUGAACAGACAGGUAGUAAGGUUGGUCUCUGGCUGUGUGAACGCUCAAGUGAACUUUAGGUUACGCUUUGCGAAGUGCUCACAGCUGGCCUGUGGCAUGUGGAGUAUGGGCAGGUGAAAGAACUCAGCGGCUGGAUCUACAGGUGCUCACUUGUACCUCAUCUUGGAUCUACCGUCGACAGCUUCUGCAUUACAGUGAGAGAUCAUCUCCACUUCAUCUGGGUGCUUGUGUGUGUAUAUAGACACUUCUAGUUUUAACGGACACGACAAAGAGGAACCUGUGGUGAAGUCCAAGUUUGACUAGCUGUGGUUUUCCUUGGGUGGAGGAGCUGUUCUGCGGUCGUCUCUCUGGUCACAGACGGCCUGAUUCCUCAGAGGUGAUGGUGGGUGGCAGGGCCGUCACUGUGCGCCCGCACAGGCGCCUAGAGUGAAAGUGUCACAGUGCAAACAUGGAAUUCCUCAAGAGCCUCGUUCCCACGGUCAUCUCCGGGGAUGGCGGGCUGCCGGCGACGGACGUGGGGGGAGUGUGGCCGCGGGAGACCGGCCCUCGCUUGCUGAGGAUGAAGAGGCUGGUUUCACAGGCCAAUGAAGAGGAGCAUGAUGGAUCCAGUCUGACUAGCCGGCCGGCUGUCCGUCUUCAACGACAUCGUGCCAAAGCCUCUGUCCCUGUAAGCAACAGCAGUGUGAGUAGGCGAGGAACAUCCCCCUCAGCCCUGGCCAGCUGGGAGAAGCGUAGCAUCCACCCCGCCACCAUGUCCAGCAUCACCAUCGACCCCGAGCUCAAGCCUGGGGAGUUUGUCAUCAAGAGCCUUUUCGCAGAGUUUGCUGUACUCGCCGAGAAGAAGAUCGAGGUGGUCAUGGCUGAACCACUGGAGAAGCCCCUUUCCCGCUCACUGCAAAGAGGAGAAGAUGCACAAUUUGAUCAGUUAAUAAGCUCUAUGAGCUCCAUAGCAGAACACUGUUUGCCUUCGCUGUUGCGGACGUUGUUUGACUGGUACAGAAGACAGAGCGGGACAGAAGACGAGUCGUACGAGUACAGACCUCGCUCCAGCACCAAGUCCAAAGGAGAUGAACAGCACCGGGAUAAAGACUACCUACUGGAGCGAAGGGACUUAGCCAUAGACUUCAUUUUUUGUCUAGUUUCAGUGGAAGUUUUGAAACAGAUUCCCCUUCAUCCCGUGCCAGAUGCCUUAGUACAAGAAGUCCUUAACCUGGCAUUCAAGCACUUUAAACACAAAGAGGGGUACUCAGGCCCCAACACUGGUAAUGUGCACAUCAUCGCUGACCUCUUCGCUGAGGUCAUCGGAGUCCUCGCCCAAUCCAAGUUUCAGGCAGUGCGUAAAAAGUUCAUCACAGAGCUGAAGGAACUGAGGCUGAAGGAGCAAAGUCCUCAUGUGGUGCAGAGCAUCAUCAGCCUCAUCAUGGGCAUGAAGUUCUUCAGAGUCAAGAUGUACCCCGUUGAGGACUUUGAGGCUUCUUUCCAGUUCAUGCAGGAAUGUGCUCAGUAUUUCUUGGAGGUGAAGGACAAAGAUAUCAAGCAUGCUCUGGCUGGCCUGUUUGUUGAGAUCCUCAUCCCUGUAGCUGCUGCGGUGAAGAAUGAAGUGAAUGUGCCCUGCCUGAAGAACUUUGUGGAGAUGCUCUACCAGACAACCUUUGAACUCAGCUCAAGAAAGAAGCACUCACUGGCAUUGUAUCCCUUGGUCACAUGUCUGCUGUGUGUUAGUCAAAAGCAGUUCUUCCUCAAUAACUGGCACAUCUUCCUUCAGAACUGCCUUUCCCACCUAAAGAACAAAGAUCCCAAAAUGUCUCGUGUAGCUCUGGAGUCUCUCUACCGGCUGCUCUGGGUUUACAUCAUCAGGAUCAAGUGUGAGAGCAACACAACCACACAGAGUCGUCUCCUCAGUAUUGUAACAGCACUUUUCCCAAAGGGCUCUCGCAGCGUGGUCCCCAGGGACACACCCCUCAACAUCUUUGUUAAGAUUAUUCAGUUUAUCGCUCAGGAACGGCUGGACUUUGCCAUGAAAGAGAUAAUCUAUGACCUGCUGUGUGUGGGCAAGUCCCACAAGACUUUCACCAUUAAUCCAGAGAGGAUGAAUAUUGGUCUUCGGGCCUUCCUUGUGAUAGCCGACAGCUUACAACAGAAGGACGGCGAGCCGCCCAUGCCCACUACAGGCGUUAUCUUACCUUCAGGCAACACACUGCGGGUCAAAAAGAUCUUCCUCAACACCACUCUCACAGACGAGGAAGCCAAGGUCAUCGGUAUGUCUCUGUAUUACCCUCAGGUUAGGAAGGCCCUGGACAACAUCCUCAGGCACCUGGAUAAAGAGGUGGGACGAUCCAUGAGCAUGACCAAUGUUCAGAUGUCCAACAAAGAGCCAGAGGACAUGAUCACUGGGGAGCGUAAACCGAAGAUUGAUCUGUUCCGGACAUGUGUAGCUGCCAUUCCUAGACUAAUCCCAGACGGCAUGAGCAGACAGGAUCUCAUCGAGCUACUGGCCAAACUGACCAUCCAUAUGGAUGAGGAGCUGCGUGGUCUGGCGUUCACCACUCUGCAGGCUCUGAUGGUGGACUUCCCAGACUGGAGAGAGGACGUGUUGUCUGGUUUUGUGUAUUUCAUUGUGAGGGAGGUGACUGACGUUCACCCCACACUACUGGACAAUGCUGUCAAGAUGCUGCUGCAGCUCAUCAUACAGUGGAGACAGGCAGUACAGAGCAGCAACCGCAGCCAUGAUUCACAGAGCCCAUCUCUCCCUCUGGAGCGAUCUCCUCUCUGGACCGUUCUGCAUGUGGUGGAGGGUCUAGCUUUGGUCGUGCUGUGCAGCUGUCGACCAGCAACACGCAGACUUGCUGUCAAUGUCCUCAAAGAAGUCCGAUCACUGCACACGGCCCUUGGCAUUGCUAAGGGAGAUGAGGAGUUGGCUAUAGACGUGAUGGACAGAUUGAGUGCUUCAGUCCUCGAGAGCUUUAUUCACCUUACUGGGGCCGAUCAGACAAAUCUGCUGUACUGUCCCAGUGGAAUAGACCUUCAGACUCUGGCAGAGUGGAGCUCGUCUCCUAUCAGCCACCAGUUUGAUGUGGUAAGCCCCUCCUACAUAUGGGUGUUUGCCCAUGUGACACAAGGUCAGGACCCCUGGGUCAUCAGCCUGUCUAGUUACCUGCGGCAAGAACACCUGCCCAAGCACUGCCCCACUGCGCUGAGCUACGCUUGGGUCUUCGCCUCCACACGCCUUCAGCUGCUCUCGCCACAAGUCGACAUCAACAGCCCGAUCAAUGCUAAGAAGGUGAACAGCAUGAGCAAUAGUAGUGACUCAUAUGUGGGCCUUUGGAGGAACUACCUAAUCCUCUGCUGCAGUUCUGCCACCUCUUCCACAUCUUCAUCCUCCUCUUCCUCAUCAGCCCCUGGCUCUGUACGCUGCUCCCCACCUGAAACGCUGGCAUCCACCCCAGACAGCGGAUAUAGUUACGACUCAAAGAUCAUUAGCAUUCCGUCCCCUUCCUCCUUGUUCAAGCAUGUGGUUCCCAUGAUGCGCUCUGAGAGCAUGGACAUCACUGAGUCUCUCGUCCUGGGGCUUGGCAGGACCAACCCUGUUGCCUUCAGAGAGCUGUUGGAGGAGUUAAACACCAUCAUUAAAGAAGCGCUUGAGAGAAGGCCAGAGAACAUGAAGCGACGCCGGCGUCGUGACAUUCUCAGAGUCCAGCUGGUCCGGAUUUUUGAGCUACUGGCCGAUUCAGGAGUCAUCAGUCAGACUGCAAGUGGUGGUCUGGACGGGGAUUCUCACUCUCUGAACAGCACUCUGCUGGAAUACGUGGAUCUCACCCGACAGCUUCUGGAGGCUGAGAACGACAAAGAUUCAGACACACUGAGAGACAUCCGCUCUCACUUCAGUGCCCUAGUGGCCAACAUCAUACAGAAUGUACCAGUGCAUCAGAGGAGGAGUAUAUUCCCUCAGCAGUCACUGAGGCAUAGUUUGUUCAUGCUCUUCAGUCAUUGGGCUGGACCCUUCAGCAUCAUGUUCACACCUCUGGACCGAUACAGCGACCGCAACAUGCAGAUCAACAGACACCAGUACUGUGCACUGAAGGCCAUGUCUGCGGUGCUGUGUUGUGGUCCGGUGGCUGAUAACGUUGGCCUGUCCUCUGAUGGGUAUCUGUAUAAGUGGUUGGACAACAUUCUAGACUCUCAAGACCGCAAGGUGCAUCAGUUGGGUUGUGAGGCCGUGAUGUUGUUAUUAGAGCUCAACCCAGACCAGAGCAAUCUGAUGUUCUGGGCGGUGGAUCGCUGCUACACUGGCUCACGCAGAGUCGCUUCAGGCUGCUUCAGAGCCAUCGCCAAUGUCUUUCAUAACAGGGAUUACCAGUUUGACACUGUGGUUUUGCUGAAUCUCAUCCUGUUUAAAGCUGCUGACUCUUCCAGAGACAUCUAUGAGGUCGCCAUGCAGCUACUGCAGAUCCUGGAGCCCAAACUGUUCCGUUACGCCCAUAAACUGGAGAUCCAGCGUACCGAUGGGGUCUUGUCUCCAGCCUCCCCUCUCCCUCACCUGUACUCAGUGUCCUACUACCAGCUCAGUGAAGAACUGGCACGGACCUACCCUGAACUCACCCUUCCCAUCUUCUCAGAGGUGAGUCAGAGAAUCCAGACAGCGCACCCUGGUGGCCGGCAGGUGAUGCUGCAUUACCUCCUACCCUGGAUGAACAACAUAGAGCUGGUGGACUUCAAGCCUUCAGCACGAAGUCAAGAGGAACCUUCGUCAACAGAGGAAGAGGAGGACGCCCAUGAGAGAGAGAUGAUGAUGGUGAACAGCCGUCGCUGGCUGAGAGGAGAGGGCUGGGGUUCACCACAUGCCACUACCAUGAUCCUCAACAACCUCAUGUUCAUGACUGCAAAGUAUGGUGAUGAAUUUGCAUGGUCAGAGAUUGAGAACGUCUGGACCACUUUAGCUGACAGCUGGCCUAAAAAUCUAAAGAUCAUCCUGCACUUCCUCAUCAGCAUGUCUGGAGUCAACAGUGAACCAAGUCUCCUGCCUUAUGUGAAGCGUGUAGUGGUGUAUCUGGGCAGGGAUAAGACAAUGCAGCUGCUGGAGGAGUUAAUGUAUGAGCUGGAGCUAACUGACCCUGUAUCCUCAGCUGUCACUCAUAUGGAUAACCCACCAUACUACCGCAUUACUUCUUCUUACAAGAUCCCUUCUGUUACAUCAGGAACAACGUCCAGUAGUAACACCAUGGUACCUGGACCUGAUGGACACCAUGAGAGCAAAAUCAAAGAUUCCAAUAUGGAGGACAGUUACACUCAUUUGGACAUCUACACUGGUCUGAACAGUAAUCUGAACAGACAGCACCAUCGGCUGGAGUCCCGUUACAGCAGCAGCUCAGGAGGAUCCUAUGAGGAGGAGAAGAGUGACUCUAUGCCUGUCUAUGCUAACUGGCGUCUAAAGGUGAUGGACCAUAACCGGCCAGAGCCCCUCCCAUUUCCUCCUACUGGCGGCUGCUGGUCACCACUAAUCGAUUACCUGCCUGAGACCACCACACCUGGAGUCUCCCUGCACAGGUGUAACAUUGCUGUGAUCUUGCUGACCGACCUCAUUGUAGACCACGGGGUCAAAGUGGAAUGGAGCUCAUACCUUCACCUGCUACUGCAUGCCAUCUUUAUAGGCUUUGACCAUCAGCACCCAGAGGUCUAUGAGCACUGCAAGCGUUUACUGCUCCACCUGCUGGUCGUCCAGGGCACCAACAGCAGUGUCCAGUCACUAGCAUCUGUACUUCUUCGCAACCGUGAACUGAAUGAGCCCAGAGUUCUGACAGUCAAACCCACUCUUCAGGAGUUCAACCUCACAGGUGUUACAGAGCUGAUGCCAGACUACCAGCCGUCUCCAAUGACAGACUCUGGCCUGAGCUCCAGCUCCACAUCCUCUAGUAUCAGUCUGGGCAGCUCAGUGCUGCCUCACCUCCCUCCUACUCUCCUUAAUGAAGUGGACCUGUCUGCAGAGCAGGACGAGAAGGUCAAAAACCUCAUCGAGUUCAUCAGCUCAAGGAAACGUGGUCCGCUGUGGAACCAUGAAGACGUCUCUCCCAAAAACCCCAACAUCAAAAGUGCUGAUCAGCUUAGUGUAUUCCUUCGCCAUGUUGUCAACGUCUUCAAACAGACACCGUCCGGUUACCAGUUGGAGCAGGAACUGAGUGAAGUUGCUCUGCAGACAGCUCUGUCCUGCUCAUCGCGGCAUUACGCUGGUCGCUCUUUCCAGAUCUUCAGAGCACUGAAACAGCCACUCACAGCCUCCACAAUGUCAGACGUGCUUUCUCGUCUGGUAGAGACUGUGGGAGAUCCAGGGGAAGAGGCUCAGGGUUUUGUUAUCGAGUUACUGUUGACACUAGAGGCUGGUAUAGACACUCUUGCUGAAACAAUGAAGAGCUACGACCUGCUCACUGCACUCUCACAGGCCUCCCAUGAUCCUCUGCAGGGCACCAAAUUUGCCAAUAACAGGAAAAGUACCGGUCAGCUGAACCUUGGCAGUGGAAGUUUCUUGCAUGUCCAUUACAGCCACGCUCGCAGCAACUCGCUCCGUGCCAAUCUGAUGGGUGAACGCCUGGGAAACCGUCGCCGCAGCAAUACCCUCGAUGUAGCCGACCGACUGGGUGGCAGCCACGGAAAUCUAGCCCGCACACGGAGCUUAUCAUCAUUACGAGAGGAUGGUGUUCGUGGCGAUGGAGGAGGUGGAACUGGAGGAGGAUCUGGUGAGGUGGUGCCACCAGCCGACCCCACCAACCUGAUGGCAAUGGUCUUCUGGAUUGCAACGUCGCUGCUGGAGUCCGAUUACGAGUUUGAGUACUUGCUGGCACUCAGGCUGCUGAACCGACUACUGGGCCAGAUGCCCCUGGAGAAGCCGGACAGCAGAGAGAAGCUGGAGAGAGUGCAGGCCAAACUGAAGUGGUACAACUUCCCUGGUCUGCUGACACUUUUCCUGAAGGGUUUCACUUCAGCUGCAACACAGGAGCUCACGAUUCACCUCCUCAGUAAACUCAUCACUGUGUCCCGACACACACUCAUAGACCCCUCACAGCUAGCAGGUUUUCCUCUGAAUAUCCUGUGUCUGCUGCCACACCUGGUCCAGCACUUUGACAACCCCACAGGGUUCUGUAAGGAGACUGCUGAUCGGAUCGCCAAAGUGUGUGCUGAAGAAAAGUCAGCCACACUGGCCAACCUGGCACACAUGAUGAGCUUGUACUCAACGCACAGUUACUCGAGAGACAGCACCAACUGGAUCAACGUGGUGUGCCGCUACUUGCACGACUCCUUCUCUGAAAUCACCUUUAACCUGGUCACAUACCUAGCUGAGCUAUUGGAGAAGGGCCUGAACAGCUUGCAGCAGUCUUUGCUACAGAUCAUCUACAGUCUACUGAGUCACAUUGAUCUGUCUGCUGCUCCUGUCAAACUGUUCAAUUUGGAAAUCAUGAAGAUCAUUGGCAAAUAUGUACAGAGCCCGUACUGGAAGGAGGCCCAGAACAUUCUGAAGUUAGUGGUGUCCCGCUCUGCGAGUCUGGUGGUUCCUGAUGAGGUGCAGCGCUCCUACAGCAUGGAGUCCACCGGCUCCCCGGAGAUCGCUUUUACUCGCAUAUUCAACAACUCAUCUAAAGAACUGCCAGGAAAAACGCUGGACUUCCACUUUGACAUCUCGGAGACGCCUAUUAUAGGUCACAAGUAUGGAGACCAGCGAAGUGCAGUGGGGCGUAAUGGAAAACCGCAGGUAAUUGCCGUGACAAGAAGCACCUCCUCUACUUCCUCUGGCUCCAAUUCAAAUGGGCUGGUGCCAGUCAGCUGGAAGAGGCCACAGCUCUCACAGAGAAGAACACGGGAGAAACUGAUGAACGUCCUGUCUCUGUGCGGUCCAGAGUCUGGCAUGCCUAAAAACCCCUCUGUGGUGUUCUCUUCAAAUGAGGAUUUAGAUGCAGGUGACCAACAGACCAGUCUGAUCCCAACUGUAGAGGAAGUGACACGGGAGGAGGAAGUGCAAGCAGAAGAUGCAGGAAGUGAACAGCAGUUUGGUGUCUUUAAGGACUUUGACUUCCUGGAUGUUGAGUUGGAGGAUGGAGAGGAGCUUCAGGAUGCCAGUGUAACUGCAGCAGAUGAAUUGAGCAGCAGUGUCAGUGAGGAUACGGGGUUUGGCAGUGCUACUCCUUUACCCUCAGACCCCCCUGAGCUCUGUGACUUACCUGACUCCCAGGACCCCACCGACGACCUGGACCCAGCGCCCCCUCCGCCACCAGCUGUGGACAGCCCGCCUGGAUCCCUCUUUGAUGAUGAGCCGGUGCUGCAACCCCCUGUCAUAGACUCCACCUUGGACUCCAUGUGUGAGGAGGAGACUGUUCUGCCCCUUGCUCUGGACUCGGCCCCCGAUUCAGUAUGUGAGGAGGACGUGACACUGGCUCUGAAAGAGCUAGAUGAUAGGUGCGAGGAAGAAGAGGCGGAUUUUUUCGGCAUGUCCAGUCAAGAUGAGGGCGAUGCAGACGGCUUUCCUGAACUGCAGGCCUCUCCACCUCCGUCGCCCUUUCUUUCGGCUAUUUUGGCAGCAUUCCAACCCGUAGCCUAUGAUGAUGAGGAGGACGCCUGGCGUUGCCAUGUCAACCAGAUGUUGUCGGACUCGGAUGGGUCUUGUGCUGUUUACACCUUCCAUGUGUUCUCACGACUCUUCCAGCACAUUCAGAGGAAAUUUGACUCGAUUACCCAUGCCUCAGUAAGUUUCCUUAGCGAGGGGCUCCAACGAAUGGGAAACCAGUUCCUGAGCUCUCUAGAGGUCAUGACCUCCUGCUCCCAGUGCCCUACAGUCCUACUUGAUGCUGAAACUUUGGUUUCCUGUGGGCUCUUGGAGACUCUGAAGUUCAGUGUGUUGGAGUUACAAGAGCAUCUGGACACUUACAACAGCAAGAGAGAAGCAGCCGAACAGUGGUUGGAUAACUGCAGAAAGACCUUCGGUGAUAAAGACAGUAACCAGCGACCAAACACUCAAGCUCAGCAAAUGGAAAUGCUAGCAGAGCUGGAGUUGUGUCGACGGCUGUAUAAGCUACAUUUCCAGCUCCUGCUGCUCUUUCAGGCCUACUCCAAACUCAUCAGCAGAGUGGACACUAUCAAGAGAGAGGCAGAGGUGACUAACAUGUCAGAGGAGCUGGCCAUAUUAGAGAGCUGUCUGAAGGAGGCAGAGUCAGUAGGUGAUGGACAGGAGGGAGUGGGCGAGUUUGAAGUGGACCAGUCAAGCACAGAGACAGCCAUCCACUCACUCAUCGAGAGCCUUAGAGCACGGGACUUCAGCACAGCCAUCGCUCAAGUUAAAGCCUUCAGGUGCCUGUGGCCUAAUGACAUAUUUGGCAGCGAGAGGGAUGAUGCGGUGCAGACGCUGCUGCACAUUUACUUUAGGCACCAGACUCUCGGUCAGACGGGUUGUUUGGCCGUGGUGGGCCCCAGCAGGGAUCUUUCUCAGGCCAGCGCGCGCCUCAUGGAGCUCAACCUUCAGAUCCGCGAAGCUCUCUGCCAGGCUGCCACGCACCCGCACACCCACCAGACGCGCAUCCUGUCUCCGACCCCCACGGCCCACUUCCAGACGCAAAUAGACACGCAAAACACAGUCCUCAGCACUGGACUGUGAGAGCUUCACGAACUCCACUCUCUUCCUCCGGGGCGGCAGGUUUGGAGAUUUUUCACGUAGACUUCACCUCAAAGGGCUAAAGAAUAUGUGGAUAUUAGUUACUCGAAACUAUUAUGCACGUACCACGUUUUUCCUUCCCCCUUUCUCCAGUAGUUUAACUUCUCCAGGUGUCAGAAAAAGUACGAAGAACAGGACUGGUCAAGAACCAUUAGGAGGGACACUGGGCGAUAAUGAUGCUAAAUUUGAAGCUUUUUGGCGGAAUGACCUAUGACCUCUAGGCGGUGUCCUUUUAGAGUGAUCCGCAUCCGUCUGCCCCACUAUGCACUGGGGCAGAGAUGGGAUUUGGAGCAUUAUUGUGAGAAUCAGAGUAUCGCGGUGGAUCAGCGAGACUGUCGCAUCGUCGAUUGCAAAAAGCAUGCUUGAAAGAGAAGCCUGCAACAAAUAUUUUUUUGAGAAAUGUAUUUUUUAACCGUCUUAGGUUGUAAAUGUUAGGAUAUUUAACAUGUAAUUGUAAGCUGGGGGGCUGUACCCUCCGUAUAAAGAGAGGUUUAUCUGUUUAACUUUAUUGACCUGCAUCAGAGAACUUUCAGCUUUCACUGGGCCGCUCUUACAAAACCCUUAAUCUAUAACCAAAUAAGUAGCUGUCUGUAGGAAACCAUAGACUCUUGUGUGUGUGCGUGAGGACGAGUGCGAGCGUUUGCGUGCUAGUGCGUUUGACAUGGACUGAUAUUUGCACACUCGUUCUCUCUCUUACAUGCACGUUAACAAACCGAGAUGCACAGGUGAAGUGCGAACUGGCUGCAACUCAUGGAAAUAUCAAUAACUUAUUUUACUCUGUAUAUAUUUUAGAAAAUGUAUAGUGUAAAAGCAGUAUUUUUCCUUGUACAUUUGUGUAAUGCACUGUUCUAUCAGAGAGAGCUCAGCAGAGGGUAACGACUAAUGCAAAAAAAAUAGCAAGUUGAAUAGCUGUUGGGAUGUAAGUAAGUCACGGGCUGCCCUCUCCUUUAUGAUAAUACGCCACCUUAAUCUUCAAUAUUUCCCGAUGAACCAGCUCGGCUUCUCGGCCGAGUUUUGCCAUAUGCAUUCCUUAAUACCCACUGUGAUCUCCAUGUUGGCUCAAAGUCCCCCAAUGAGGCCCCGCUGGAGCCCCUGUUGAGGGGAAACUGGGGCUAGUGUUUGUCCAUGUUGGCUCUGUCUUAACCUUAGACUCAGGGCUGCACUGAGGGUUUGUGGGCUCUGCGACGUAAGGCUCUGCGCUUCUCUUGCCGAACUCCAAGAGACAAAGUGGUGUCCUGAAAGCGUUAACCGCAAACAUAGGGAGGGAGGGAGGCGUUUAAUCUGUCAUGGCACAUGGAGAAAUAAAACGUUCACUGUAUUCAUUCCUCUGGGAGAUCUCUUCUGUUGCUUGUUUGGUACAUUUUGAAUGCUGUUCUUAAUUAUUUAAUGGAUAUAUUAUUUACCUGGAAAAAUAUAGUUUUUAACUAGAGGUGCAUUAUCCCAUUUUUUCCCCCUUUUCUUUCUCCCCCUUUCGCAUUUCUCUCCGGUUUGUCUUUGUCAUCUGAUUUAUCUGCUUUUCCCUGUACUGUUAAAUAAAAACUGAUUAUAAGCAA